CUAUUGAACUUGGAUCUUUGUGAAAUUUGACAGAAAAAUUAUUUGAUACUCCUGACAUGUUAAGUGUUCGUGGUUUUCACCGGUCAAAUACGAGUAUAAAAAUACUCCCAAAUUAUUGCCUCUUCACUCCUUUUGUCACGGAAGUCAAUGGAGAAAUAGUAAGGUUAUUGACUCUGGAAUUGCAGCCCAGCCAAGCAUUGUUGACCUGAGGAGGAACCCAAUUUGAGUCUUCCAUUUCUUCGUUUUGUGAUCCCCAUGUCUUCUCUCAUCCCUUCACUCUUAUCUUCCUUCAUCGUCUCAUUCUAUCGAUUGAUUGCCAGUCCAAAUCCUGUGUGCUAAGCACAUAUUCCAUCAUGUAUCAAUCCGAGGAAUCGUGCCGUUGCUUUUCACUCGUUGAGAUUCAAUUGGCGACCAACAACUUCGAUAAUGCUUUGGUCAUUGGGAAAGGUGGAUUCGGUAAGGUGUUUAAAGGAUUCAUCGACGGUGGAGCUACCACUGUCGCCAUUAAGCGAUCGAAUGCAGAGUCCAAACAAGGGGCAGCAGAGUUUUGGACUGAGAUCAAGACGCUUUCCAAUCUCCGGCACAGACAUCUCGUGACUCUGAUUGGCUACUCUAAUGAUUGCGAGGAGAUGAUACUUGUUUACGAAUACAUGGUCAAUGGGACGCUUGUUGAUCAUCUCUACAAAAAUAGUAGGAAAGGGAAUGGGAAUGAAAUUUAUCGGCUUACUUGGGAGGAUAGGCUCAAGAUUUGUAUUGGUGCUGCCGAAGGAUUGGACUACCUUCAUACGAAUACUGAGCAAGCUGUCAUACAUAGAGACGUGAAGAGCACAAACAUUCUAUUGGACGAGAAUUGGGUAGCUAAGAUUUCAGAUUUUGGGUUGUCGAAAAUGGUAAACAGAAGCCAUUCACAAACCCAUGUUAGUACAGAUGUUAAAGGCACAUUUGGUUAUUUAGAUCCAGCGUAUUUCUUGACCCGUAGACUUACCAAGAAAUCGGAUGUGUAUGCCUUUGGUGUGGUUCUAUUUGAAGUGUUAUGUGCGAGGCCACCGGUGGAUACAAGUGUUGAGGAGGACCAAAUGGGUCUAGCUCGAUGGGCAAAAAGAUGCAUGAAAAAAGGAACCCUUGACCAGAGCAUUGAUCCCUCUAUAAGAGGACAAAUAUCACCAAGCUGUCUAAAGGUGUUCACAGAAGUUGCUAACAAAUGUUUACGUAAUCGUCCAGAAGGAAGGCCCACAAUGACUGAAGUGGCGGGGAGCCUCAAGCUUGGAUUGGCAUCACAAGGCAAUAUCCAUAUACCUCAACACAAGGGAAUAAUAACCAAUGUGUUUUUUACUACUGCACAUGUAGUGGCUAAAGGUAUUGAUAUUGGGUGGAGGAAGUGGAAGAACUGGGGUCCUAAGAAUGGGGUGUCAAGGCAGUUGUGGAGGGAUCUGGUUGAGGAUGGUGUCAUUCAAUCAUUCCGUCGUUUCUCUCUGGAGGAGAUUCGAGUAGUCACAAAUAAUUUUCAUGAGCUUCUGGUGAUUGGGCAGUCUGUUGACACCAAAGUGUAUAGAGGCCACAUCAACCAUGGGAAUAUUGUGGUGGCAAUUAAAAGAUGGAAAGAAGGAACAUCAAGAGAGAGGAACUUGGACCAAUUUAGGGUUGAGCUCCAAGUGCACUCCUAUCUCCCUCACCCCCACAUUGUUUCUUUAAUUGGAUACUGCAUCGAUAAGCAUGAAGUGAUCGUUGUGUAUGAGUAUAUGGUCCAUGGGCCUCUCUCCAAUCACCUCAAUGAAACCAACACGUAUACACUAAACUGGGAAAAGCGACUUGAGAUUUGCAUUGGUGUUGCACAAGGACUACAAUACCUCCAUGCGGGUACAAGGCAAACAAUCAUUCAUCAGGACCUGAAUCCAAGCUAUAUUAUGUUGGAUGAGAAUUGGAAUGCAAAAGUACUAUACGAGGCUGUAUCAAGUACAUACACUGUGGGAUAUAUGGAUCCAGAAUACCUUGGCAAUGCAAAUUUUACUAUAAAAUCUGAUGUGUACUCAUUCGGCGUCAUCUUACUUGAACUAUUGUGUGGUAGGAAGCCAAUGAUCUAUUCAAGGGACGAGGAACAAGUGAAUUUAGUUCGUUGGUUCAAAACUAAUAUCGAAAUGCGUACUAUUGAUCAGAUCAUUGAUCCGUAUCUAACCAACAAAAUAGCACCAGAAUGUUUGAAAAAAUAUGUCAAGAUUGCAGAAAAUUGUGUGUGUGAUGAGGGGAUUGAGCGUCCAUCGAUGGAUGAUGUGUUGGGUAACCUCCGGUAUGCACUGCAAUUGCAAGAGACAUGGUGGAAUUGUAAUGAACAGUUCGGUACAGUUAAGUCCCCUGAGGCCGUUCCUCGUUAGAAUGGAACUGUGUUUGUUCAAUUAGCCAGUAGAGGAGAUAUUGAUGUGAUUUUAUGAGCAUUAAUUGGGGAUUCUGAUUGUUUUCCAAGUAAUCUAGCACAAUAGCAUAAUGUUGCCA